GGGCAUCCCAGCCUGUUUCCACUGUACAGGAGAGACUCCUUUCAGCAACAAUCUUCUAACCAGUAUGUACUGAAUGCGGGUCUAACUUCAGAUUUGACACCUAUCGUCAGAUACAUACUUAUUGGUACAGUUUCAGACAACAAAUUGCAGUUUUCUUCGUUAUAUUUGGGUGUCGUAUUCAGUUAGCCGAGCUCAUCUUGAGCUGCUCUCGUACAUUAGCAGUAGAUUUACGGCUUAAUGUCCGCGUCUGGGUUGCGAGAUAAAUCAAGUAAAUCUGGACCCGCUGUUGCUCAACCACGAUGUUUUGUCUCAGUUCAGUCAUGUCUGAGCGCUGACAUUGAUAAAUAACGAGCAGGUUUGUUUGGCCUUGGUUGGUUGAGUGUGAAACAGUGAGGAGGUUGUGUGUUUUGUUGCUCUCGCCUCGGCCGUGUAAACACGUCCAGAUUACACGCACCUUUCACACCAGACAGCCCAGAAUGGCGCAGCGAGACCCCUCUCACGUCGCCAGCUCUCAGAAAGCACUGAUGCUGGAAAUGAAAAGUCUUCAAGAGGAACCCGUCGAGGGUUUCAAGAUAACUCUCGUGGACGAAGCUGAUUUAUACAACUGGGAAGUCGCCAUUUUCGGACCACCAAACACUCAUUAUGAAGGAGGCUAUUUCAAGGCUCGUAUCAAGUUUCCUAUGGACUACCCAUACUCCCCACCUGCUUUCCGUUUCCUCACCAAAAUGUGGCAUCCCAACAUCUAUGAGAAUGGAGAUGUGUGUAUUUCUAUAUUGCACCCUCCAGUGGAUGACCCCCAGAGUGGAGAGCUGCCCUCAGAGAGGUGGAACCCAACACAGAACGUCCGCACCAUUUUACUGAGCGUUAUCUCACUGCUGAACGAGCCCAACACCUUUUCACCUGCCAACGUCGACGCCUCUGUCAUGUACCGCAAGUGGAGGGACAGCAAAGGCAAGGACAGGGAAUAUGUGGAGAUCAUCAGGAAACAGGUGGUGGCCACCAAAGCAGAGGCGGAGCGAGAUGGGGUGAAGGUGCCGACCACGCUGGCCGAGUACUGCGUCCGCACACGCGCCCCGGCCACCGAUGAAGGCUCCGACCUCUUCUACGAUUAUUAUUACGAUGACGACACCAUGGAGGGCGGGGAUGGUGACUGCUGCUACGACGAGGACGAUUCAGGCAAUGAGGAGUCAUGACCCCCCCCCCUUUUUUUUUUCUUUUUUUUUUUUUGAACCAAACGCCCAAACUAGCUGACGUACACUCCGCCUCUUCCCCACCUGGGUCGCCAGGUAUUCUAGGUUUACAACCAAGAAAGAUUGGAAGUGUCCCUCCUCUAAAUCCAAUGAAAGAGCUUUUUUUUUGUCUAAUUGUUUUGUUUUUCAACUCAUUGAGCCUCUGAUUUUGCUUCAGAGGCAGAAAUCGGUGGAUUGCUGUGGAAGGGCCAAUCCUGGUAAGAUUUGCACCAGCAAAAAAAGUCACUUAUUUUUUCCCAUUUUGCAAUCAUCAUCCUCAUCAUCACCCACAACCUUACUGUUAGUGAAUAGCUUCAAGGCUCAUAUAAUCUCUAAGUUGUUCAUAACCAUGUUGAGUGUAAGUUUGUGGGGUAAGUAUCGCCGUCAACGACAUUUGCACUGGUGCAAAGACAAAUAACCCACCCUCUGUUGCACAUCUGUAUUUCCUUAAUUGUAACUGGGCUAUGGGUGCUGGUUUCACUGAUGCAAAAAAGACUUCAGGCAGUCUUAUUUGUGCUGAGAGAGUACAAAUGUCCAAUAUUUCUAGCUUUUACAGCAUCUCGUUCAGUAGGACAAGACAUGAAUGAAAAGUUCUUGUGCAUGCCCAAACAUCCUCAAGAAGGUUUUUCUUUUCUUUUCUUUUUUUUAAAUGUUUUGUUCCGGUGGACAGUCCACCUACUUUAUUGUCCACGUUGAUAAAGACUUGUUACUAUGGGGGACUCGAAGAGCAGCUGGCAGAGUCAGUGGGUCAGUUCUUCACGUGAACAUUUUUACUAACAUGAACCUGAUUUUUGCUGUGGUUCUUCUGGUUACUGUUUGAUGUGUUUGUCUGUCACUUUGAGUUUAAUCCAGUGUAAGAUGAUAACCUGUUGGUGGGGAAAACUGAUUAUUACAGAGUUGCAUUGUCCUCAGGACCACUCCCUGAGAGGCCCGAUGGAACUGAAGACCUACAGUAGUGGUGUGUAAAUGAAAGCCCAAAGCAUUUUACAAAUGUUCUUGUAUUCCUGUCUUUGUUUAAUCUUCGCUCUCUUGAAAGCUUCAUUAUAUAUUAUUUUUCCUGCAUUAGACAUUAUACCUGCCCUGUUUAUUUGGAAGUGAUUAAUGUUGUGAGGUUGGAUGUGCAAAGAACCUCAUGUAGUUUAUUCCAGCCUUACCGUUGAAAGUGAUAAAAACUUAAUAAAUUGAGCACCUGUAUUUUUUUUGUUCUUUUUUUCUCUCAUUACUUUUCCUUUUUCUCGUGGUGUGGAGUUUAAGGGUUUUGAUACUUUUAGAGUUUAUGGGUUUCCUACGUCUUUCUGUUUUUUAUUUUUCAAGCAUAUAUAUUUGUUUAGUUUAAUUGGAAUGUCAAAUUGAAUUUCUCAGGAUAAAAUCACAAAACGAUAAACAAAUUGAAAAAAGUAACUGAUCUCUUGAGGUGGUUUUCAGUGUCAGUUUACAGCUUCUGCAGAAACCACAGCUGAUAUGCACAUGUAGCUGUAUGAAUGAGCGCAAUGUUUUAUUCACAUCUGUUUUUGUUUCUUUUCCACUUAUUUAAAAUGGAAAAAAUAAAAAUAUUUAAAAGAAAAA